AUGGAUAAUCGGGUGUCCGUAACACGGGAACUCCCGCGCUCGGAUCCAGCACUGUGGGCAAAGAUAUCUGCAGACUACGCUCGUGGCAGCGGUGAGGACUCGGACUCUGAUGACGAGCUCCUUGGUAUGCCCGACCUCGUUGAUGAGGCUGAGCUUUCGGAUGCACCGGCUUCAGAUGACGAAGAUGCGUCAUCCAUCAUGUACAAUAAUGAGGCCGAUUUUGGUGACGACUCUGGUAUGCGGCCUGCUGAUCUCAUGGAGCACAUCCUCGCCCCGCGCGAGCAGCCUUCAACUGCUCCCGCUAUCGGUUAA